CGAGCUACUCUCCUCCGCAGUCUUUGCGCACACUUUGAGGAAGCAAGCACGGACGCGCGGAGCAAGUGAUGGACUUCCCUUGAAUGAACUUUGUUCGCUAAUUCUUGAUCGGAUUUUCUGUCAUUCCACUCAACCAGGAUUGGAGCUGUGCGUACCUGACAGAGGGGUAACGAAACUGAAGGCCAGGGAAAGAUUUCCUACUACAAAGGAAGCACGAGAGACAAAGCAAAAUGAAUUGCUGUCACCAGCAUGUACAACAAUUGAAAUGAAGACUUGAUGUCCGACCACUCAUGUUUGGCAUGCUAAGAAGUCCCGUGACAGCAGUCUGCCAGACUUGCCCUGCAUGUGUGGACACACAUAUAUAGAUAUUUAUAUAUGUGCCACAAAUACAUCAACACUGUGCUGAAUUCGAAGCUCUCUGGAGUUGAGGAAUUAAAAUCAAGAGUAUGGUCCAACGGUCCACCUCAGUCCGCCUGCUGGGAGCCCUCUUGGGCCUGUUUUUGCUCAUGCCUGUUCUGAUGGCACCAACACCCCCGAGCAUGUGCACUCCCUUGAGGACGCUUAAUGAAAAACUCAGCCACCGGCGACGUUAUAUGAAGCACAACUUUCCUGUCAACUACACCAUUAAGGUUCAUCACGAGGAAGUUUUUAAACUAUCAAACAUCCGCAAAAUGAAGUUACAGGUGGAGAACCUGGAAGAAAAUCACCUCCAGAGGAUGUGGUUCCUUGUUAACCACGGCGUGUUGAAAAGGAUCAUCCGAGUGAUGCCAGAAAGACAUCCUUCGCGUCCCUACACAUCAGAGUUGGAGAGACGUCUGCAAGAUGCCGAGGGAGUCUUUGUGCAGUCGCAUCCUCCAGAGUUUUUCCAGCAGGAGCUUCCAGUCGCAAUCCAAGACAUUUGGGAUUGUUUAACAGAAGAGUCCGACAGAGUGCCAGAAUCCAGCUGGAGGUUUGCUACACCAAAAUCACUUUUGGACAAUUUCUGUCGCACCAUGCAUUGCCUCUUCAGUGAAUGCUUUGCCACCACAGAAACACACGACCAAUUGGAUUCCUCCCAUUGUCGUAAAAUCAAGAAGAAUGUCUCAACGGCAAAUAGCUGAGAAGAGGCCAGUGGGGUGAGGUGGUCCCUCGUCUGACUAGGUAUUUUCUUUGAUCUUGAGGGAUCUUGAAGGACAAUCCACUUUAACUUUUUUUCCUCAAAGCCUGCUGGAUAAUAUGAUAUAUAUAUCGUUUGGCCCUAAUUUCUCCUCAGAGAUGUGUUCAUAUUGACAUAUAUUUUACCAGAUGCAUGAUAUCUAUAUGACCUAAAUUAUUUGCCAAGAUGGAUGGGGUCAAGUCAAGUCAAGUUUAUAUGUCCAUCUGGAAUGUGGCACACGCUGCAACCUGCCUUAUCCACACCGCAGGGUUCACUUAAAACUCUGGAGGACAAUGCUUGCCCAACCAUCUGGCUUGAAAAGCCCACCAUGUGCUCUUGUGUAGGUGCCUGCCUGGUUCAUGUCAAAUGAGCCUAUCACAAUGUGCUUCACGUUGGAUUUAUGAUAUGACCGGAUGACUUUACACCACAAUCAUAUUGGUGAACUCUGCUUUGCAACCGUAUUCUUGGUGACUGCAAAGUCUCUGAACUCCCUCUCAAAAGACUGGCUACUUACCCCACCCCCGCCCAGGUUCUGCUGGUAAUAAAAGCAUAAUUGCUUUUAUGCUUUUAUUACCUAUAUUGUUCUGUGUGUUAUCCAUGAAAAGUAUUUUAUUCUGAACAUUUGCUGUGCACAAAGAGACUCAGGCAAUGACAAACAAAUAGUCAUAAAUCUGUCCAGCUUUUAUGUUUUACUGUGCAUUUACUAUGCAUUAGUAGAGGCUUGACAGACAUGAUUUCAGGAGAAUAUGUGCAAAAAUGAUAAAUUGAGUCUGAAUUUUCAUGGUUCGAUUGUCAGUGGUCUAGCAAACUAUGUUGUUGUUGUUUUCAGUAUCUAUUUCACAUGCAUCAAUGUGCACUGUCAAUGUGGGUCAUACAACUGUAUUUAGAAGCAAUGUAUUAGAAACAUUACAUUUACAUUUUUCUUUUUCUUAUGCAGUAUAAGCAAAUGUGUCCUUUUGUAAACCACGUUUUUCUGUUUAGUUUGUGGAAUAUCAAUGCUCCAAAAACGAAUGUUUUCCAACCAAAGAUUGCACAGCGUAAAAUAAAGAACAGAAUGUGAUAUUCAGAAAAAGUAGAACAUUUUAAACAAUGUUGUGUUAUUUUGUCAAAAAAAAAAAAAAAACUCACCCGAGUACUGAUGAAUAACACCAGAAUGACAUCAUAAGUGUUUGUAAAGACUUACAAUUUAUAUUAUUAUAAAGAUUGACUGCUGCAUCUUUGACAUCUGGAUAAAAUUACAACUCAAGAUAGAAAUAUUACACUUUAUUCUUCUAACAUGACUUUAAUCUCAUAAUUUUACCACUGUGUCAUCAUAACAUUGCUUCUUUUUUCUUUUAAUAUUAUAAGUAUUUGGAAAAUAUUAAGCUGCAAGUUAUUCUACAAUAAAUGAAGGAUCACCAUAGUGAAGUUACCAACCAGAAAAAUAUUGCAAGCUAAGGUCAAAUAAAAUGACAAAAGCAUUCAAACUACUUUAAAGCUUUUUUCACAUCAAACCAGCUUUAUUCCAAGUCUUUUCUAUCUCGUGAUCAAUAAAACUGUGAGACAAUAGGUUCAAGUGUUUAUUAAAGAGUUCUGUCUCAACAAAAACAGAAAAUAAACACUGGGCCUCAUUUUAACAUUUGCGCAUAAGUCCUUUUUUAGAGUCUAAAAAAAAACCGUAUAUUGAAUGUUGAAGGUGAUC